GACUGCGGCUUUAAAACCUGGAGAGUUGGAAAUCUCGCCAGCAGAUCCGAGUGCGGGACGAUCAGGAACUACCUCCGUGUUCUACCACCACCACCUCCUCCUCCUCCUCUUCUUCUUCUUCCAGAGAGACGGGGAGCGAGCGCGCGAGCGAGGGAGAGAGAGAAGGGGAGGCGAGAGCGGCGGCGCGGAGCUCUCGGCAUCAGCUGUUCGACGCGGCUGGAUCAGUCACAUGACCGAACCGGAGCCAGAGAAGAACAAACCUCCGCAGUUCUCCCCGCGCCAUACUGUCUUUUCAGCCUUAUCUCAUUUUUAUUGCGACAUUUUACUCCCGCUCGGUGAGUACAUUUACAAUCGCUUUUUUUUUUGUAAGCGUUCUUUUUUUUAUUUUUGGUCUUUUCAAUUGCCCCUUUCCUGUUUUUUUUUCUUCUUUAUUUUUCCUCCUUUGGCUGAUGUUUGAAUUGAGCGUUGAUAUGGUGGUUUGGAGCGUUUUUCCACAUCCAGAGUCCAAGUUUCCAGCAUGCACUUCAUCCUCAAUCCAGGGUUUGCUGUGAAGCCUGUGCAGUUUUGUUCCCAGGCAGGUUUAAGAUUUUUCACACACAAACGGUGGUUUUGACACAUUUUUAAUAAUCAUUGUUUUUCUCUUUUUUUCCCCCCUUUUUGGUUUCUGUCGACUUUUGCUGUUGCUGUUUGCUUUGGUUUGCAGUGUUGUUUGGUGCCUUCCAGUUUUGUCAUUUUGAGGUGUCGGUGCGUUUCACCGACAGACUUCAUCUCUCUUUUCUGGUCAUUUUUAAGCUCCGGCUGACAUUUUAACGUGGUACUUUUCUUGCAGCUGAUUUCACGUUGUUUGUUGUUUUCUUUUUCAUGUUUUUUCUCCCCUCCUUUUGCUUGUGGCAGUCAAUAUUUUUACCGGAUGAUAACCAUCUUUUUUUGAAAAAAUAGGUGGACAUAAAGGGAGUUUUGAUUCUUGGUCGGUGUGUUUUUUUGGUGUCCUCGAGGAUGAACAGACAUUUUCCUCUUUGCAGGAAGGAAACUGGAGGAGAAUGACUGGUAAAAUCCAGACCAGCAACGUGACCAACAAGAAUGACCCCCGCUCCCUCAACUCCAGAGUCUUCAUUGGCAACCUCAACACAGCCAUCGUCAAGAAGACAGACAUCGAGGUCAUCUUCGCCAAGUACGGCAAGAUCGUGGGAUGCUCCGUUCACAAAGGCUACGCCUUCGUACAGUACGUGAACGAGAGAAACGCCCGGGCCGCGGUGGCGGGAGAAAAUGCUCGAAUCAUCGCUGGACAGCCCCUCGACAUAAACAUGGCGGGCGAGCCCAAACCUUACAGGCCUAAAGCUGGGAACAAGCGGCCGCUGUCCACGGUGUACGGUGGCUACGAAUUCGACUACGAGUACUACAGGGAUGAUUUCUACAGCAGGCUUUUUGACUACCACGGCCGAGUGGCCCCCCCACCUCGGGCCGUGAUCCCCAUCAAGCGCUCCAGGGUGCUAGCGCCCUCCACUCGUCGUGGCAAGACCUCCUUCCCCAUCAAAACAUCCUCCUCUUCCUCCUCUUCAUCCUCCAGACCUCCCACAUCAAACUCCUGCGGAUACAAACCAGUGAAGACGGAGCAGCUCCAGACUAUUAAGCGAGAGCUGGGCCAGAUCAAGACCAAGAUCGACUCGUUGCUGGGACGCCUGGAGAAGAUUGAGAAGCAGCAGAGGGUCGAGUCUGAAGCCCAGAGAAAGUACGACGAUAACUGCGACUCGAUGAACGAGGGCUCCGUGUCCGAGACGGCCUAUCACUCCGGGGACGAGGGGCCCGAGGGCCCGCUGGAUGUUGAGGCAGGAGAGAUGUCGGACGGAGGCGAGGACGACUACGACGAGAACGGCAGCCAGCAUCUGAUAGAGAACCAUGUAUCAGACAUCGACAACUGAGACCACAGGGCUGAGGAUGCACCGGAGGAGGGGGAUUUUGGAGGGAUGAAGACACAAACACUGGACUGCAAGUUGUGUUCCGGAGAGGCCCGACACCAACCGAGCUGCUCACACACACACACACACACACACACGCCUCCAGGAUCUUUUUUCUUUUUUUUUUUUUUUUUUUGACCUCUUGUAUAUUUUGUGCAGUUCACUGGAAGAAAAUACAAGUUUUAAUUUAUUAAAUGUGUAAUCUGUAAUUGCAAACUACUGUCUGUCGUUGCUCUGAAGAAUAAAAGGCUUGGAAUAUUUUAGAUUCCCGAA